AUGGAUCUUGCAGAGAUGUGCAUAAUACGUACGAAUCUUCAGGGCAAAAACUCAUUGCAAAAAAGGCAAAUCGUGCUUGAUUGGCUAUGGAUGCAUGCCAAGCCAAAUGAAAGGUACAGUACAUUUUAUGAUGUCCUAUAGUAGCGCUGACAGACUAUUAGCCACAUCGAAUAAGACAUGGGACAACUAAGACAUCAAUUUCCUGGUUAUAUGUAGGUACUCGGGGGUUUCUUCUUGUAGAUUGUCUAAAUCAUAAAUCAGCCUUAAUUAAAUAAAACGUAUUCGUAGCCAUUCUUUGAUAAGGUUUCAGCCAGGAUUCCUCAUGUUUGUUUUCUAGUGACCUUCAAAGCAUCCCUUUUUACCUAAGUGGUUACAAAGUAUGCAGUACGGCAUACCGCGUGGUGCUUGGACUUAGCACAGCAGUGUUGAAUGAAACGUUUCGAAAUUUUCGCGCUGGUGUCAGAUUUUUGCAAACAUCAGGCAGCAAGAACCUCACGCACAAGACGCUGAUGGCUGAAACUUGGAUGGAAGCAUUCUUCCAAAAGGUACUGACUGCACUGAUUGACUUAAAGCCUUAUUUAAACUUUUUCUUCAAUAAACCAUAGUAUAUAUACAGACCUGACAAAUGUGGCUAAUCUUAUGGGCCCCCCCCUCCCCGUUCCUAAAAGAACAAUGGAAUAUGAUGAAAAGGCUUGAAUUUCAUUUGGUAUGACUAGAUGUAAGUCUGUCAAUGCAAACUUGUUAAGGUAUCCCUCACAAUACAUUGCACUGAUUCCUUUGAACUCCUGUACUUAACCAUAGUUAAACAUAAAGCACAGUAAACUGAACUUCAGUUAUUUGUUUGUUUGCUCUAAAUCUUUCUCAUUUGACACAGAUUGGCGAUAAGAUGCCUGAUACCGGUAUAUUGCAUCUUGCAAGCUUUUUGAACAAAACCAUCAUGUAUGGUUAUUUGAAAACAGAUAUAAAAGAUGAGAAUGAAGAUGUCAUUCAUAACAAUACAUUUUGCUGUCUUUUGAGGGAUGUGUUUCCUUUGUUAAAAUACCCAAGGUGAUGCGAAACACUAGUAUUUAUAAUAUUACUUUUAGAUGCUUAUGUAUAAUUGUUAUAUUAAGAUGUCGAGAAGAAGGAUUUAUGUUAAAUCCCUGGAUGGGAUGGAAUUUUCAUGCUUCUUCAGAUUUUCUAUUGAGAACUUAAAAUCUGCUUCACUGCUUUGAUUGAUGCUCUGCAGCAAAGCAAUAUCUCUAAAAUGGUUAGAUAAUUCCACAAGAACUGUUAGUUUUCAGCGUAAAUUAAUAGUUGUUUACUGCAGGUAAACUGAUUUACAAGGUGUGAUUACUGCACAGUACUGGGUGAGGAGAAGAGCUCGAGACAGGGAUGUAAAAAAGUACCUAGACAAGCUGUUUGAUUUCCACGAUGAUCUUCAACUGUAAGUGUUAAUUUCUUCAAAGACAUAUUAUUUUUGUUGAUUGCUUCCAGAUUUAUCUGUCAUAUGAUAUAUUUUUAUUGGAAAGAGGUAAAAGUAUAUUACCACCACAGAGACAAAGCUAAGAAGUAUCCACAACAGUAUGCAUGUAUUGCACAAGACGGCAUGGAUCAGGCAAAGCUUCUACUUCCAUGAUUAGUGGUUAUUGCUCAUUCAUAUGCUAAUGUAAGAAAAUUGCGCACUCAUUUGACUGGUGUGUUAAACCAUGGGAGCAGCCUUAAGGCUAUUUUGACUUUUUCCAAUUUCCCCAUGAUGUAAACCUCACCAUAAAUAUAUUACUCCUGGAAUUACAAAGCACGGGAGAGGACCUACCAGAUACCCUUUGCCUACAAAUGAACAACUGCUGGAGGGAAAAUAAAAAUCAGUUUGUGCUUAACUUUUUAGCUCUUCUUGUGAAGCUUGAUAAGGUACGAUAAUUGUACUUCUCAUAAGGAAAUGAAUUUUUAAAAGUGACACAUUUGAAUGCACAGUUAGUUUUAAUAGUUUACAAUUAAUAUGUGACAUUUUACUGGGUAUUGCCCCGAUCACGCAUGAGCAAAGAAAUUCCUUUAAGUCCAAAUUUCAUCUUUGCAGGUGAGACUAAAUUUCAUAAUGAAUAAAGGGGUAAGUUUCUAAAGAAACUGUGGUGCUGCGUCGGUGGGAGAGUAUAGCAGGUAAUUUAGUGUUAACAACUGGGUUGAAAACGUAAAUUAGCCACCGUAAAGGGUAAAAAAAGCUGACGUUUCGAGCGUUAGCGAUCCAAUCGCUCUGACGAAGAACUAACGCUCGAAACGUCAGCUUUUUUACCCUUGACGGUGGCUAAUUUAAGUUUUCAACCCAGUUGCUAACACUAAAUUACCUGCUAAAUUUCAUAAUGGUUGGGCACACUCAUCUGGUUGACCAGAUGUUUGACAAGUAAGAACCAGAAUUUCAUUUUCAUUAUACUAAGUUGAGAAGAAAACUCUCUUUAAGAAUAGUUAAGUGGCAGAACUAGCUCAUUAAUGCUGCAGAUUACUGAGCUAUAUUUACAUUGUUGAGAUGAUUCUACUGCCAAAUUUUACACAUAUGUUAUUGUUAAUUCAUAGUCAUAUUAAAUCAUAUCUCACAGGCUUCAAAGGUACUGUUAUGAUGACUGCAUUCAACUUUUAGUUUGGAAAAUAAUUGUUAUGAAUUUCUCUUUCAAAAUUUCACCAUCUGCCAGUUGACCUUAAUGUUACACUGGCUGGUGUAUCCAAUCAAACAGCCAAAAAGGAAAUAUUUGCAGUUGGAGUGAUGUGCACGAUUAAUAUGAUCAUACAGUUAUGUUUUAACCCUUCAAUUGACCAAUGUGUAUCCUCUCCUGACAAAACGGAUUGAUCCGUUAUCUAAACAUUUUUGUCUCCUUACUUUGUAGAGCUUAUGACAUCCUUUGAGAGAUGUUACACUCCAUCUCCAAAGGCUGUGGAGGUUGAGCAUGGGUUUGCUGUAAAGGAGUGGAUGUCAUCCUUUUCAACCACACUUCACAACAUUUCAAACCCACAUGCAUUUAAAUUCACUAAAGCUUCAUCUGGAAAAGUUGUUAUGCAAUACAAGAAGUGA